GACGCAGGACGCUGGUCACCUCCGUAGCACGGGGACGGAGAGCAGAGGUCAAAAUUUUCAAAUCACGACGCCAAAACACACACGGAGCCGCCACCGCCGCCGCCACCCCAAAGCCCCAAUUCCCCUCCCGCUCCUCCUCCCGGUCGCCGCGAUGCGGGAGCCCUAGCUCCCAGGACCCGAGAGACUCGCGGCGGCGUCCUCGCUCGUCAACCCCCGCCGCCGCGGCCAUCCGCCAGCUCGGCGCGCCCCUCCUCUUGCCCCCCCUCACCGCGGGCGCGCACGCGCGAGGUUUGGACAACUUUGUAUUGCUGUCUUUAACUCACCAAUAUGAAGUGCAACGCUUGCUGGCGGGAAUUGGAAGGGCAAGCCAUAUCAACCACUUGCGGUCAUCUUUUAUGUACUGAGGAUGCGAAGAAAAUAUUGAGUAAUGAUGGUGCAUGUCCAAUAUGUGAUCAAGUGCUUUCGAAAAGCCUUAUGAAACCAGUGGAUGUAGAUCCAAGUGAUGAUUGGACAAAUAUGGCAAUGGCUGGGAUUCCUCCACAAAUACUCAUGAAGAGUGCAUACAGAAGCGUCAUGUUUUACAUUGGACAAAAGGAACUGGAGAUGCAGUACAAGAUGAACCAGGUUGUUAGUCAAUGUAGACAGAAGAUUGAACUUAUGCAGGGAAAGUUUACAGAGAAGAUAGAAGAACUGCACGCGGCAUAUCAAAAGAUGGCUAAAAAAUGCCAGUUGAUGGAACAGGAAAUUGAAAAUCUCACUAAGGAUAAGCAAGAGCUUCAAGAGAAAUUCGCAGAGAAAUCCAGACAGAAGAGGAAACUUGACGAGAUGUAUGAUAAACUAAGGACCGAGUAUGACUCUCUGAAACGUUCGGCCAUCCAACCUGCAAACAACCUCUUCCCAAGAGCUCAGCCAGACUUGUUCGCAGGCAUGCAUAACAUGAUGGAUGGCAGUAACCAUCUCAGGCAAGGGCGGAGAGAGGAGAUGUGGGCUGCAGCGCCACGGCAGCGACUCGCCAACUCUGAUACAUUUGAAAUGUCUGGGGGAUCUGGUCACAUGGGAGCACCUGCUGUUGAUGCUAGACCCCGGAAACCGGCUGGGCCUGUCUUUGGAGCUGGCAUGAACAAUCCUUCUGCAGCCUUGCGGAAUAUGUUAAUCUCACCAGUGAAGCGACCUCAGCUCUCACGAAACCGUCAACACAUGUUCACGCUGUAGAAUUGGACUGCGAGAUCUCAGCGAGCAUCUGUAAAUGAUGUGAUCAUUUGUUCAAAGCUGGAACAUAGAAACAAUUUGUCUUUGUUGAUGGCUUGAUGUGUAUGCCACAGCUAUUCCAGCAAUGAGUCCUGGGAUUCUGAUAGGUGUGAACGGUAACUCCAAAAUUGUGGCCUUGCCGGAUGUGCCUGUCAGCUACAUGUUACAGGUGAAAUAAAUUCUGCGUAAAGAUCAUGCAGGCUAGUUAUUGUCCAUGCAUUUCUGGGUGUGAUUGCUAGUCUCUGAUCAGUGUUCAGUACUGUAGCUUUAGGGCAGCCAAAAGUUCAAUGCAUCAUAACAGAAGUACCAUUAUUGUCGAUGAUGCUUUUGCUUACAAUCUGGUCAUGGCUGUUAACAGAGAUCACCACCAUGUGGGGACCAAGAUAUAGAUAUCGAGUACUUUCUGGAAAAGAUACGAUCUCACAUGUACCAUGCUAUCUAGACCAACCCAGCUA